UUGCAAGCUCAAAGUCGAAAACUUUUUUAGCUAUGGCGGUUUUGUUAUCAUCUCCCAUAGUCUCUCCACUAGGAAUCAAUAAGAAUUUGGGUGUCUCGUAUUCUUCUUUCCCUCAAAUUCACCUCUUCAAGGUUUCUACUCCACUGCGUAUUCGAAAAUCUGUCGUCUCGAGCCGUAAAAAUUCAGGAACUGGUUUAGCAAGCGAGGAUAAGAAAUUGUUGCUGGAACGAUAUGGUUAUGAUGCUAAUGACGACUUUGGGUCUCAAUCUAAGAAGGCGAGAAGGAAAGAAGAGAAAAUGAGUGGAAGGAAUGGUCAACAAGCGGAAGAAGUUGUUGUUGUACAGCCAAGAACAACUCAUAGGUUACUUCAGGUUCUUGCAGGAACGGCGAAACGAAAGAAAUUGCUUUCUCUUAAGGGAAUGGAUGUGAGACCUAUGAUGGAAGUUGUUAAAGGAGCUGCUUUUGGAAUUCUCCAGGCUGCCGGUGGUUGUCCAACGUCUCUGCGUCCUGGUAGGUGGUUGGAUUUGUAUAGUGGUACAGGGUCUGUUGGAAUUGAAGCAAUCAGUCGAGGAUGUUCUGAGGCACAUUUUGUUGAGAUGGAUCCUUGGGUUGUUACAAAUGUUCUACAACCAAACUUGGAACACACUGGGUUUGUUGAUACUUCUGUUAUCCACACUGCUCGAGUUGAAAACUUCUUGGAACGUGCUGAUAAGUUAGUAGGUAAGGAUGGAGCGUUUGAUUAUAUCAGCGUUACUCCACCUUACAUGGAGGUUGAUUAUGAGGUUCUGAUGGAUCAGAUUGCUAAGUCGCCAGCAAUUGGGGAAAAUACAUUUAUUCUGGUCGAGUACCCUUCACGAACAACAAUGCUUGAUUCAUGUGGAUGCCUUGAAAAGAUGACUGAUCGAAGGUUUGGCCGGACACAUCUGGCCAUAUAUGGACCAAAAUGGGCUCAGAAGCCAAGAAAAUCUUAAAGCCACAGUGAACCUCACCAGUUAUAUCUGGCCAUUUUUCCGGUUAACAGAGGCUGUGACUGAAGAGCUAGUUUGUUCCAUCCUUCAAAUACUAGAGUGCUUUUGUCCAUCAGUCUCCAUUUUGUUUGUUGCCAAAUCCUAAAGAUGGAUACAAGUUGCAGUCUUAUGAUAGUUCUAAAAUCGGUAAUGGCGUAUGUCGGCUUGUGUGUUUUUUUUUUUUUUGUUAGAUUGACGCCAUGUAUGUUUGUGAAGUAGAGAUAUAGCUGUUUACAGUUUGAGAUAUGAAGUCAGUUAAGAGUUUCUCCUUUUUUCCAUUA